CUUGUUAUGGUUUCCCAGACAACGUCUCAACGUACGAAACAACAACCAAUAUUGAUGAUAGUUGCUCGUGUCCGACAAAUGAAGAAUAUGAUCUUAGAUAUCUUUUGAUCUUAAUUUGGGCAUCAAUUUCAACUGUUCUUAUUUCCAUCUCCUUCUUAAUUGUGUUAACGUUGUACAAUAGAAUGCGAAAUGGAUUAUUUACUGAAAAUUCUGGACGGAGUGAAACAGACCAACUUAGUCAAUUAAGUAAUAUGAAUACCGAUUCUCUAAACGAAGAAGUACAUUUUCGAAAAAGGGUCAACAAAACUAAAAAGAAAGACAGCCAAACAAGUGGAAAAAAUGAAUUUGGUUCGAAUGCACGAGAGGAAGGAGCGCAAGAAUAUAUACAACUAUUUCCGAAACAAAACUCUGCUAUAACUCUAACUGAUACUUACAGCAUCAACCAUAUUGCAUGUAUUUCGGGUGAAAUAGCUUGGUUAAGUAACAGAAAAAAGGUAAUGAAAAUUAAUUUAAAGGGUCGUAUACUAGACACUUACAUCAUUGAUGACACCAGGGCAAGCGCAUCCCACACCGUUGACGUAAAUGGAGAUCUUUUUUUUAUAAAAGACAAUGAUAUACACCGCGUUUCUUCAGAUGGAAUGACGAAAACUUUUCUGACACCAGCAUGGAAUGUGCUGAGUAUUUAUUCUUCCCAUAUAAGUGAUGACUUAAUUCUUGGAACUUAUAUUAUCGAUGAAAACCACUUUAAAGCAAAGUUGUUGAAAUACAGUAAAAAUAGAGAACUUCUACAAUCUAUACAGUACCACCAAGGAAAAAGUUUAUACUCAUUUCCCUUAUUCAUAUCAGAAAAUACAAAUAGAGAUAUUUGCACAACGGAUAUAGAGAAGUGUGUUGUUACUGUUGUAGAUGGUUCAGGAGUGUUUCGAUUUCGUUAUUACGGUCAUUCCACAGAAAAGGGAUUCUUUCCUACAGGAAUUUGCAAUAAUAUCUAUGGGCAAAUUAUUGUUUGCAAUCGUCACUACGCCAAUCCCAGUGUUCAUCUUCUUAGCAGUAAUGGAGAUAUUGCAUUAAUUAUCUUAACAAAAAAUGCAAAUGGAAUCAAUGAUCCAUAUGGGGUAUAUGCAGACGACGAAGGGAAUCUUUACCUGGGACAACAUGGUAGUAAUACUGUUAUGGUGUAUAGAUACCUUCAGUAACUUUCCUCUUUUUUGGUCAUAUGCAGCCGAAUUGUAAGUGCACCACCUUUUGAUUGGAUUCUAGGACAACACAAAUUUUAUCGUUCAAGAACUUUGGGCCGUUAUGCAAGACCACAAUUAGUCAUUAUUUAAGCACCCCAGAUAGUACAGACGUCAAUGUAAUCAAGUUAUCAAACCCUGAACAGAGGAAUUCGAUGGAAACGUAGGAAAAAAAGAUAUAUAUACUGAAAGGAAAAAGAAACGCAGGGUAGCAUAAUUGUCGAUAAAAAUUUGACUACAUGACCGAAAAUUACGAAAAUUGGUCAG